AUGAAGUAUUUACUUUUCUACAUUACUUCGUGUCUGUGUGUCUUCCGUGUGUUGGCGAUUACAGUUGAAAACCAGAAAUUGGUGACUAAACGGAAUCCAAGCAAUGCACUCUUGGACUUCUACAAACAGUCUGAUGUAGCCAUCACUACACCGAUACCAGAACUCACUGAAUUCACUGCCUGUGUGUGGAUCAACUCCAUUGACAACAAGGUAGCAUUAUUCUCUUACGCUAUAAGUGAUACAGAACUCAAUGAGAUACUAGCCUGGAAUCUAAUUAGUCCCAAACUGGAUAUCAAAGACGAGCGUUUCGGGGUGUCUCAAACAGUAGUGAACGAUGGUAAGUGUCACCAUCUGUGCUUCACCUGGACGUCCUCUACUGGUCGCUGGGAGAUAUAUAUUGAUGGUAAUUUGGAUGAUUGGGGUUAUAAAGGACAGGGGAGGACGAUCAAAGGAAAUGGUGUUCUCGUACUUGGCCAGCGUCAGAAUCUUUUAAGAGGUAGAUAUAUCGCAGGUCGAGCGUUCGUUGGUUGGAUGACGAAAUUCAACCUGUGGAAAAUCGUUCUUAGCACUAGCCAGAUCAAUGAUGUCAUGAAUGACGAUUCAAAUACGUUGGUGGGUGAUGUGUAUGCCUGGGAUCUAAACACUCUUGAUAUUAAAGGAACCGUAGAGGUCAAACAUAUCGAUAUAUGCUCUGGUGGUGCUGUUAGAUGUGAUCCACACUUCACAACCUUGGAUGGUCGUCAUUACAGCCAUCAAGGUAUAUGCUGGUACACUCUGGUAAAGGACUGCUCCAGUGUCAACCCAGACUUCGAAAUAACUGCAAAAUUUGAGCCUCGACAAAAUAGCACCAAUGAAGAAUUCAAAACCAGGGUCGUAGCUAUUAACAUAACUGUUGGCGAUGAAUAUGUUCACGUGAAUGGACUUGAUGUAGUUACGGGAAAUACUAAAGGAUUGUCUUUUGGACCGACAAUAAUAAAUGUUACUCAAAUACACAGAAAGGUGAUAAUGAGUUUUACAUUGAAAGAUACUGUCUUCAAAUUGGAUUGGACUUUGCGGAAACACAUCUUCAACGUUCAUAUUUUUGGUUCAAACUAUCGUGGUAAUCUGUGUGGACUUUUGGGCAAUUAUAACGACAAUAUCCGUGAUGAUUUCCACAAGCCUGAUGGUACUAUUGCGGAUAAUGCCUUUGAAUUUGGUGAAAGUUGGAAAAUACAAGACAUUGAGUGCAAUUGAUCGAGGUAUCAAGCGAUGAAGCCAAUAUGGUUUACAAGUCUAUUGAGUACUUAUGAAUUUAUCAAUUUUCUUUAGAGGUUAUUAGAGGAUAUACGUGCAUUGCUUAACAAAUAUUACUUAACUAUUUCGAAAUAUCCUUUUUAUAGGCAUUACCUAAUGAUUUUCCAAAUACUUUCGUUACAUUA